UGCAACCUUAGAAAAUCUACAACUCAAAAUAUUUCUGAAAAUAUCAGCAAGGUCUCACAUUUUGCAGCAUUAUUCAAAAUGCAGAGUUUGUUUAAUCGACAUAAGAGGAAGCAUGAUGAAGGUGCAGGAUACGAGGAGCAUAGCAAGAAACACAAAAGGCACAGUGACAGCCAUCAUAUAGAGGAAUCGCGGAUCUCAAAAUCUAUUGAAAGAACCAGAAUCGACCCUAGGCCUAGUAUGGGUAGCUCUGUAGCUCCAGCCCAAUCGACGAAAGUCGCAAAUCUCAUCAAAGCACUGGAUGAAAUUCUGGAAGGAGAAGGCAUGGACGAAACUCUUGGCUUGGUCGGAGAGGAGGCUGUAAAUCGCUGCUUGGAUCUACGAACUUCUCUCAAUUCGGCCAAGUCGAAGCUCAACGAAGCAGGUGUUAAACCAUCAUCCAUCGAUCGAGAACAACGGUCACAUGACUUCUUCAAUGUACCCAACACCUUCUCGCCCUACUCUCUCACACCCUGGAAGUCUUCAACCAUACCAACGAUUCUGCCUCCUCUACCCAAAGUCCUCGAUCCUACCCUCGAAAAGUCCGCAUUCGUCCACGUUGCCUGUGGUUCUGGCAAUGUGACGGAUCUGAGCUAUGAACGUCUCGAAUGGAUUGGUGACGCAUAUAUCGAACUCAUUUCCACGCUUCUCAUCUCACAAACAUUUCCAUACCUCCUGCCUGGAAAGUCCAGUCAGAUUCGCGAAAAUCUCGUCAAGAACGUCACCCUGGCCGACUUCUCUCGAAAAUAUGGCUUCGACAAACGUCUCCAAAUCCCUCAAGCAAAUUUCGACAUAAAGGAGUCUGACAAGAUCAAGAUAUUAGGUGAUGUCUUUGAAGCCUACGUCGCAGCAGUCAUUCUCUCUGAUCCAGCCGAGGGUGUGUCUCGGGUCUCACAGUGGCUGAAGGAUAUCUGGGGCAUGACCUUGGCCAAGGAAAUCAUCAACGAGGAGAGAAGAGAAGUGAAGCUCGACAGUCCACUCUGGAGGCUUCGGGGGUCUGCACAGCCCGUGCAAGAUAUUAUCUCCAAGACCGAAAAGGCUCCCUUGAACCCGAAAGACGCCCUGCAACAAAUGAUCGGUUCGAAGGGUGUGAGAUUCAACUACAACGACUUGGCACCUCCAAAGAAGGAUCCAAAUACCAAGCUUCCAGUGUUUACGGUCGGUGUGUUCCUCGAUGGAUAUGGAGAGAAGGACAAGAUGUUGGGUGCGGGCAAAGGGCCUGGCAAGAAGGAGGCUGGGUUCAAAGCUGCUGAGAUGGCGAUGGCGAACAAGAAGGCGAUGAAGUUUUAUGGUGAGAAGAAAAAGUUGGUGCAGGCUCAAUUACAGCUUGAACAGGAGGCUUUGGAGGCUCAACAGAAGUCUUGAAUACUGACGGUCAGCUAUCUUACUUGCUUUUGCGCAAUGCUGAGCUAUCUUGACCUAUGUUGAUUAUUUGUUGUACUUGAUACCCAUUAGCAAAUGAAAUUGAACUUCUGCUAUUCUUCAGCUUCACAAGUAGCCUGCCUCUCAGAAUCUCAGCAUUCUCAGUAAAAACCGCUGUAAACUAUUGUUCAUCAUGUUUAGCAACAAUCCUUCCGGUCCGUAAUUCUGUCUGACUCGAAGUGGAGCAGCCCAAAUCCUGGCAGGUCGAUAUCAACCAGCCUCGGAGAACCUCGGUAUUAUAACCUCGAGUGGCACAGAAUAAUUAUAUCACAAUCGCCAUAUACUUUCGAGUUCCGUACUCGAAGCCUAACUUCGAUUCAGUCAUCCGACCCAAUGAAUGGCAGAACAUCUACCUGGAAUAACCGAGCCCUGAAUCGAGAUACAUGAACGGUUGAUCCCAAUCAACAUUCAGAAUUACUUUCACAUACCAUCUAAUGAGUAAUGAACAGAAGUCUCCCACAAACCCCAAUAACAAUGCCUCUCGAUAAGCUCAAGUCCAAAGUCCAAAUUUUUUCAUAAGUAGUUUC